AGCAAAUAUUUACACCCAUGAAUAUUUCACAGUAAGUCAGGAAGUGUUUUUCAUGACCAGUUAGGCACCACUGCUUACAUUUGCCAGUUUGAAGCGGGGGGAGGUGGAAAUAUCACGCUAUAUCUGUCCUGGGACACUCUCCAAGAUGGGCUGAGGCAGCCACGAACAUGGUGGAUCAGGGCACUGGAGGAGAGAGGAAAAACUAAAAGCUCACCUCCAGCAAAACAGCACCAGCCAGGUCUGACAGAAUUCAAAACGUCCAGCAGUGAACUCAGCACAAAACAGGCCAUACCAGAUCAGCUCCUGAAUGCACCACGGUCAAAGCAGCUGCAAAUCUUGGUGAGGGUCUGAGCUGAGGAAACUGAAGAUAUCUGAAGACUGACAGAGGACAAAGGGGGCCAUCAUGCCAGGCUCAGGAGGAUCAGACUUAAAGGGAGAAGAUUUCUCCACUGCCAUCCUGAAACAGAAACACAGACCCAACAGACUCAUUGUGGAUGAAGCUCUUAAUGAAGACAGUAGCAUUGUCAGCUUAUCACAGAAUAAGAUGGAGGAGCUGCAGCUCUUCCGGGGGGACACGGUGGUGUUAAGGGGGAGGAAACGUCGUCAAACAGUGUGUAUAGUGCUCACCGAUGACACCUGUGGAGAAGAUCGAAUCCGCAUGAACCGUGUGACCCGCAACAACUUGCGUGUGCGGCUCGGUGAUGUCAUCAGUAUCUCUGCUUGCCCUGAUAUAAAAUAUGGGAAAAAAAUCCACGUCCUCCCCAUAGAUGACACCAUCCAAGGCCUGACAGGAAACCUCUUUGAUGUUUUUCUCAAACCAUACUUUCUGGAGGCUUACCGCCCUGUACACAAAGACGAUAUCUUCCUGGUGAGGGGGAGCAUGCGUGCGGUGGAGUUCAAGGUGGUGGAAACAGACCCCAGCCCACAUUGCAUUGUUGCCCCAGACACCGUCAUCUACUGUGAGGGAGAGCCAAUCAAAAGAGAGGACGAAGAGGAGACACUUAAUGACGUGGGCUAUGACGACAUCGGCGGCUGUCGGAAACAGCUUGCCCAGAUCAAAGAGAUGGUGGAGCUUCCUUUAAGACACCCUGGGCUUUUCAAGGCCAUCGGAGUUAAGCCUCCCAGAGGUAUUCUGCUGUACGGUCCUGCAGGGACAGGAAAGACCCUGGUGGCCCGGGCUGUAGCCAAUGAAACCGGUGCCUUCUUCUUCCUCAUCAAUGGGCCUGAGAUCAUGAGUAAACUGGCUGGAGAGUCAGAGAGCAACCUAAGAAAGGCUUUUGAAGAAGCAGAGAAAAACGCUCCUGCCAUCAUCUUUAUCGAUGAACUGGACGCCAUUGCUCCCAAGAGAGAGAAGACCCAUGGGGAAGUGGAGAGGCGCAUAGUCUCCCAGCUUCUGACCCUGAUGGAUGGCCUCAAGCAAAGAGCCCAUGUGGUUGUCAUGGCAGCAACAAACCGACCUAACAGUGUGGACCCUGCACUGAGACGUUUUGGCAGGUUUGACCGUGAGAUUGACAUUGGAAUCCCAGACGCCACUGGCAGACUGGAGAUCUUGCAGAUCCACACCAAAAACAUGAAACUGGCAGACGACGUUGACUUGGAGAGGAUUGGCACAGAGACCCACGGCCAUGUGGGCGCUGACCUGGCUGCUCUGUGCUCAGAGGCUGCUCUACAGGCCAUUCGCAAGAAGCUGACCCUCAUAGACCUGGAGGAUGAGUCUAUAGACGCCGACCUGCUGAACUCACUGGCGGUCACCAUGGAUGAUUUCCAAUGGGCCCUCAGUCAGAGCAACCCAUCAGCCCUGAGAGAAACUGUGGCCGAGGUGCCUCAGGUCAACUGGGAGGACAUCGGAGGCCUGGAUGAGGUCAAAAGAGAACUUCAAGAGCUGGUUCAGUACCCAGUUGAGUAUCCAGACAAGUUCCUGAAGUUUGGGAUGACCCCAUCCAGAGGGGUGUUGUUCUAUGGACCCCCAGGAUGUGGGAAAACCCUGCUGGCAAAGGCCAUCGCCAACGAGUGCCAGGCAAACUUUGUCUCCAUUAAAGGCCCUGAGAUGCUCACCAUGUGGUUUGGUGAGUCCGAGGCGAAUGUCAGAGACGUCUUUGAUAAGGCCAGACAGGCAGCACCUUGUAUCUUAUUUUUCGAUGAGUUGGACUCCAUUGCCAAAUCCAGAGGAGGAGGGCAUUCAGACGCCGGUGGUGCAGCCGACAGAGUCAUCAACCAGAUACUCACAGAGAUGGACGGCAUGUCUGACAAGAAGAACGUUUUCAUCAUCGGUGCCACCAACAGACCUGACAUCAUAGACUCCGCCAUCUUGCGGCCAGGACGUCUGGACCAGCUCAUCUACAUCCCCCUCCCAGACAAACCUUCACGCACAGCGAUCCUGCGUGCAAAUCUACGCAAGUCUCCUGUUGCACGUGAUGUGGAUCUAGAGUAUUUGUCUGGAAUCACAGAUGGAUUUUCCGGAGCUGACCUGACAGAAAUCUGCCAGCGAGCUUGUAAAUUAGCGAUUCGAGAGGCUAUUGAAGCCGAGAUCAAAGCUGAGCGUCAGAGGCAGAACAGGCCGGGCAUCCCUAUGGAUGAGGACUAUGAUCCAGUCCCAGAGAUCAGGAAGGACCACUUUGAGGAGGCAAUGCGCUUUGCUCGGCGUUCCGUCAGUGACAAUGACAUUCGUAAAUAUGAGAUGUUUGCUCAAACGCUGCAGCAGAGCCGAGGAUUUGGAAACUUUAGGUUUCCUUCUGCUACAGGUACAGCACAGCCUGGGGGUCAGGGGUCAAGUCCUGGGUCCGGAAGACCGAGCCUUUACAGAAAUGAAGGAGAUGAUGACCUCUAUCAAUGAUAAAAGCUCCUCUUCCCCUCUUCACUCUGUUUUUAGAGGAAAAUAUGGGACUGGAAGUGGAGUUUAAUAAAUGGAAACAUGAGCGUAUUCAAAUAUCAAUAGAAUCAUAUCAUUAAAAACUCUUUUCAAGGCUUUUAAUAACAGGGAAGAGCAACCAGUAUGAAAAAUAAUAGACUAAAAAUGAUCUUACAAUAUUUAGUUUAAUGGAAAAAAAAUAGAAUUACUA